AAAAAUGUUUUUCUGAGCGAAAAAUAGAAAAGUUAAAUUAAGAUGGAAUUUUUAAUGCUCGAAAAUACAAAAAUUUGUCGUUUUUGCUUGUGCAAAUGCGAAACAGCAAGAAAUUUAUUAGAAGAAACCUCUUUUACCGCCAAAAUUCGAGAAAUAUUUCCAAAAGUAAUUAUUUCACCGGAAAAUGGAUUGUCAACGUUAAUUUGUGACUAUUGCUUCAACAAAAUCCAACAAUUUCUCGAAUAUUGGGACAAUGUGAACGCCAAUCAAGCAGAAUUAAUGAAAUUAUCACUUCCUGAAACGAUAAAAGAGGAAAUUUUUGCAGAACCAAUUGACAAUUUCGACCAAAAAUCGUCUGAAAGUGAGGCGGAAAAUGACGACAGCUUUACUAUCGACAAGCAAGAACCUUUUGACGAGUCAUCUGACGAUACAAACUUCCCGCAAGAACCAAUCUCGACUUCCACAAAAGUUCCCUACACGAAAGACGAGCUUCUAAAAAUGAAUUAUUUCGAACUCAACCAACUUCCGGUGAAUUUUCGGACUUUUUUCAAGUGUCCCAUGUGUCGUCCCAGCACCGAACGCUUCAAAAUCGUCUCAGCUUUGAAACUUCACAUGGCACGAUCACAUUUCCCGAAAAUUUCACCUCAAAAAAUGCGUUUGAGAAAAGCUGGGGAACGCUUAAAACAAACUUACACGCAUACUUUUUGUGAGAUUUGUGACAAAAUCCUGCCUUGGUCAAAAAAAUCGAAACUUUUCAAAGAUCAUAAAUUCGUGCAUUAUGACAUUAAGCCCUAUAAAUGUGACAUUUGUGGCUUUAGUGCAGCUGAAAAGCGGUAUUUGAGCUCUCACAUAAGAGCUGAACACGAAAAAAAGCGGAAAAAACUCGGAUGCGUCGUUUGUACAGCAACUUUUGAAAAGCGAGCAUUGCGAAAUGAUCACAUUUUCGAAUGUCAUCCGGAGAGCAUUCGAUCCUGCAUGACUUGUGACAUCAAAUUUUUCGAUGAGACCUCGUUCAAAUCGCAUUUUCGUGUUGGGCGAUGUCGAAUUAGUCUUGAAAUUGAGUGCCCGCGAUGUCCUGGCGGCAUUCGGUUUCCCGAUGAAAAAGUUUAUGGCUUGCACAUGCAACGCCACGCCUACGAAGAUGGACUUCAGCGACUUUUCCGGUGUCAUUUGUGUGAACGAGGCUUCAACAAGGAACAUCUUUUACGAACGCAUUUGGGCUAUCACACGGAAAAUGUCUUGGUUGCAUGCGAAAUUUGCGGAAAAACCGUAUUUCAUGAUUCGACACUUAAGGCGCCAGCGCAUAUGGAAGUUCACAAGGAGCCAAAACCGGAAUUUUACAAAUGUGACAUUUGCGGCGAGGAAUGCAGUAAUAAGAUGAAAUUGGCGAAACAUUUUAACAGAGCGCACAAUCGGAAUGAGGAAAGUUGUUAUAAAUGCGGAAAAAUAAGACCAAAGUAUGGAAUGAAGAAACAUUUGAAAGCUUGUCACGGAAAUGAGCUGAAAUGCGCCCAUUGUCCGAUGAUUUUUGACAAAAAAAGUACGCGAAGUCGACAUACGUCACGUUUUCACAUCGGAUUCAACUGCAAACGAUGCAAUUUGACAUUCGCCACGUCUUAUUUGCUCAAGAGACAUCGACAAGUCGACGAAAUUCAUUUAGCAACAAAGAAACCCAAGCCUUAAAGUACAACUUUCUUUAAUUUAAUCCAUAUUUGUUGACGUAUUUACUUAAAAAUCAAGUAUU